UUUCAACAACGCCCUCUUGACGCUGUCUCGACCCUAAAAAAAAAAUUCCCACGCCCAUACCAACCCAAUAACCCCACACAACCCCGGUCGAUCCGAUCACGAUGCGCACGCACGAUGACUUCAUGCGCGAUCUCGCGGACAGCAGCAACACAACUGCCGACGUCAUGGAACAUAACGGUGAAGAAGAAGAAGAAGAAGAAUACGACCGCCGCAAGAAAACCCGGGUCGUGCACCCGUCCGCGUCGAUAUGCCGCGACUGGAUGAUCGUGUCCGGGAACUGCCACUACGCGCGCGACAAGGCCUCAUUCGCUACCUAUGCGCCCGUGGACACGCUGGUCAAGAGCAACACCUUCAAUCCGCAUGACGAGAAACUCGUUGCGGGGGUGGGGAAUGUCCAUCUGCCUGUUCGGAGGGCGCCCAAUGACCCCGGUACGCAUGUCCUUGUUCUGGAGGGUGUCUUGCAUAUCCCCGAGGCGAUCUGCAAUGGGUUUAACCCGUUAUUGGUGGGGAGUAGUAUGUCCUGCCAUCGGGACUACUGGGAGGGAGCGGAUUCCCGGGGGACGCCGAUGUGGUUCGGACUUCCGUUUGCUGGGUUGGGCAGGUUGGUGCUUGCUGGGGGGUUGGAGGGGGAGUCGGAUUUGAUUGACGGCAGGGAGUACACGCUGAGUUUGUAUAUUAGUCCGGAGGAGAAGGAGGCGAUUAUGAGUCAAGCGGUGAAUUCAUGAGGGGUGCUAUGUAUAUUAUGGGUUAUUGAUGUAUGAUUGGUCUGGUUACUGGGUUGGAGUUACGGAGUAGGGCUGCGUUGCCUGGGGUAAAAGUUGGACCCGGCAUUUGCAGAAUCUGUUACAGAUAGAAGACAUAUUCGAUUUGUG